GAAAGAGAGAGAAAAGUAAACUAUAACACCUUAUGACUGAGACUUUUUUCUCUCUGUAGAGAUCAUUCUUAUAUUAAUUCAACUCUCUCGCGCAGCUGCUACUUCAUUUUCUCAGCUUCUCAAUCAAACCCCUUUCUCUUUCUCUUCGUUAAUAUCUAUUCUACCAAGGCAUCUAUCUUCUACAGAUUUAUUCAUACUCAUCACUGCUCAUUGCUGACAGCUUGCCUAGGACAUCAAACUUAACUGUUUUAGGAAAAAAAAAGAUUUCUUCCUCAUUGUUGUUUAGUCUUUCUCCAAAUGGGGAGGCACUCUUGCUGUUACAAGCAGAAGUUAAGGAAAGGUUUAUGGUCACCUGAGGAAGAUGAGAAGCUUUUGAGGCAUAUUACUAAGUAUGGCCAUGGUUGUUGGAGCUCUGUCCCCAAGCAAGCUGGUCUACAGAGGUGUGGGAAAAGUUGCAGAUUAAGAUGGAUUAAUUACUUAAGGCCUGAUUUGAAAAGAGGCACAUUCUCACAACAAGAAGAGAAUCAUAUUAUUGAACUUCAUGCAGUUUUGGGGAAUAGGUGGUCUCAGAUUGCAGCACAAUUACCUGGAAGAACCGACAAUGAAAUUAAGAACUUAUGGAACUCUUGCUUAAAGAAGAAGCUGAGGCAAAGAGGCAUUGACCCUGUAACACACAAACCACUUUCCGAAAUAGAAAAUGGAGAAGACAAGAAUCAACCGACAAAAAGCUUAGAUAAAUCCUCUGUGGUAUCUAAUGAAUUGAAUCUGCUCAAAACAGAAAAUACAAAGCCAAGUUCAAUUUCAGUUGCUGCACAAGCCUAUCAGUUGGAAAUAGGAGGCUCUGCCAUCUCAAAAGCAAUGGACAGCAACAACAUCAACAAUAAUUUGAUGACAUCUACAUCAAACAAAGAUAAUUUCUUCCUCGAUAGGUUUCCCAGUUCAAACCCCGAAAGCACCGUCGCCAACAGCCAGCCUUUAGAUUCGGUGGGGCAGUUCCCCCUUCAACAAUUGAAUCGCAUGUCGAAUGCUAGCCUCUCAACAAGCUCUAAUCCCAGUCUUUGGUUUGUGCAAACCAGCAAAUCUUUAGGCAUGAAUUCUGAAUUCUCUUCAAAUGCUAUUUCCACCAUUCUCUCUCCUAUCUCCACCUCAUUCCUGCCAACGCCAUCAGUGACUUUCAAGACUAGUUCUGGUACUCUUCCCUCUGAUAGUCAUUCAGUGCCCUCUUUUAACGUCAAUGGAUCCCGCUUCUGGGAAUCUGUUCCCCCCAGUAGUAACAGUAAUAGCAGCAGUCUAACUGUAAGCAGUAGCAGCACUGAGUUGCAAAGCAACAGUUCCUUCUUUGAGAACAGUAUCUUUCCAUGGGGAUUGGCAGAUUGUAGCUCGACAGAAAAAGAGGGUCAAAUCAAUCUUAUGGAAAACCAACCUGAAGACAUCAAGUGGCCUGAAUAUUUCCAAAGCCCAUCAUUAUUAAUGGCGGCUGCUUUACAAAAUCAAAAUCCACAAUCUUUAUACAAUGAAAUUAAAUCAGAAACACAUUUCCUGGCAGAUUCUUCAAGCGGUAUUUGGCCUGAUAACCAGCAGCAACAAGAAAAUUUACAAAAUUCUGAUAUAUGUGUUAAGGAGAUCCAGAGACUUACUGCCACGUACGGUCAUAUUUAGCCUGCAUUGAUGAGGAGCUUCUAAUUGAAGCAAGAAGGCAGAGGCUUGAACAAAUGUUGUUUUUUUUUCCUUUUCCUUUUCCUUUUGCUUUUCGUCUUCAUUUUUAUUUUUUAUAUCAAGUGUGUGCCAAAGAUUUUUCUUUUGUAUAUAAGUCUGAUACAAACAUUUCUCACCCUCUGGUUCCAGAAAAUUUACCCAAAAAAAAAAAAAAUCAAGUAAUUUGUUCUUAGCUUUUCGUUGCUGCGUUGCGUGUGCUGUAGAGACUAGAGUUGCAUAAUAAGGCCUUUUGUUUCCGUGCAUUGAUGUUGCUGCAAUUCUAUCUGUAAACAAUCAAGAGAAAGUAUUUGUUAUCAAUUUUUUAUUUUACUUUUCCUUUUUU